AGGCCGAGGAGGGGGUCGUGCCUUUUCUGUUUUUUUUUUUCGGAUUCUCGAAAAAUUCUAACUCAGAAGGAGCUUUACUUUUAUGUGAUUUAUGUGUGAGGUGGACUUGUUUACCGUUAUCAAUCCAGUUUCUUUACGAAGUUGUUCCUCUUUUAAUAUUUCUUUGUGAUAGCAGUACGAAUAUUAAACAAAAAGAUGUUGGGAAACCGCAGUUUCGAUGGAGAUGAGCUCUACCGCAUCUUCCAGAUGCACAACAAGAGCCACAAUCCCGAGGGAGACAUGGAGGAAGCAUCAAAUCUGUUGCGCGCGCUCGAAAUGGAGGAGCGCUGCAAGAAUAUCAAAUUUCGAUAUGAGUACUUUUUCUUUUUGUUCCUCCAACCCGAUAUUUUCUUGUCUUCCUACCUUGAUGUCAGUCUUUCUAUUCCCAGUGUGUUCAUGUUAGAAAGAAGUUUGAGUGCAGCUGUCUAGGACAACAGAACCAGAGCAGGAGCUGCACCAGAUUUAUUGGCUGUACCGCUGAAGAUGCUAUGAAUAAAGAGAGGACUUCCCUUGUUCAUUGGGCAGCAGGUUUUUCUCAACAUUGCAAAGAAAAAACUAUUCAGGACCUCCCUCUCGAAUUCGUACGACCUUGGUAGCGAAGUAGUCCCGACAGAAAACGGCCGCAGCACGGUCAAGUCGGUUACUUUCGCAAAAAGGAGAGCAGACGGACGAAGUGUGGUGAUCAAGAUGCGCAACAAGACCAAAUCAUUUAAGGACGAGCAGGAAAUCAAGGACUGGAUGGCAAAUAUGAGGGUAAAAAUAACAAUAGGCACUACUAGUGCCGCUUGUAUAUUAGAAGUAGCACGUGCACGACAGGGACAGCUGCUUCAACUUCCAAUAAGAUGCCGUUGAGUUUUUAUUACUUGCGGUUGUCGACCGGUAAUUUCAAUUUGUCAAGUUCAAGUACGUGUCUGUGGGUCUAUCCGCACUGCUUGCAAAAUUGAUCAUUCAUAUACUCAUUUACAGCUUCUGUUUCUGCAAUCCGGCGGUCCGGCUAUGCUGGAAGAUUUCUCGAAAGAGUCAAGGGCGCACCCCCAUAUGGAAGCGUCAGGAUUGAAAUCGUUAAAGUUGAAAUAGCUUGUAAUGCAUACAAUCGAUACCAGUUGGAAGCCCAAUUUCUAAGCGGUGCAUGACAAAUUUGCCGAGCACCGGAAUCCAAUUUGUCAUGCUGUUUGGGCACAGAGACAGACGACUGCUUUUCUCAUGCUACUUUAGCAGCUAAUAAAUAUAUUUCAAACGCUAAACAGGCUGACAGUUGGCCUCACUUGCCAUCCCGGCAGACACGCACUUCAUGCCUUGCAUUUUAUGCAUGGCAAAUCAUUUCAACUUUGUCGAUUUCAAACUUGACGCUUCCAUACCCCACGUUGCAAACGUGCUGGAUAUCAUCGAGGAUGCAACGAGCUACUUCGUCGUCAUGGAACAUGUCAAGGGUAUAAUGUGAUUAUGAUCAUGAUCUUUCGCCUGUACUCACGGUGAAAUUUGUAUUUGAAAUUUUUUGCAACUCGCAGAAGUACAACUUCCUAUCUUCAGUACCUUUGAGAAACAAGUAGUUGGAGAAGCAGCCCGACAAGCAAAAGCAGCGACAAGCAUCAGAAAUGAUCAUGCACGACAGGUCGGGAUUUGUUUGAUUACUUCGUCCAAGACAAAAUCUACGAGAAGGCGUACAAGAUUCCGCUCGCGCGACAGAUCGCAAAGGAGCUUGUGCAGGGCAUGGACGAGUUGCAUUCGCAGGGGCUCGUGCACAAAGACAUCUAUUCAGGAAAAAACAACCACUCCCAUUUAAUUUAUCCAUGCAAAACAUGCAUCAAGAGCAGUGUUUGUCAUGCAAAAAAAGGAUGGGGAUGAGUGUUUUUUCCUGGAUACCAUCAAACUGGAGAACAUUGUCCUGGAUGAGGCCCGGAUCAAACAGCAGGGCGUAUUGUGAGGAAAAGUUCCCUCUCCCCAUACUCAAAAUGGACAUUUGUGAUGCUGAUUUGUGACCACAAAUCAGAUAUGUCUUGGGAGUCAUUCGGAGCAUUGCACAGCCAAUGAUCUGUCACGCGCCGCUUCUAUCUGCCUACUGCAAAGCUGUCUAGUGCCAUGCCUAUCUACUAGCCUUUUGUAUACCCGAAUAAGGCUUAGAAAAUGCCUCCAAGCAAUUGCUGCAAUCCAGCGCUGAUAGAUUUGUGUACAGAAAUCCAGCAACAGAAAUUUUCUGUGUUGUAUGGGGUCGGGGCUCCUUUUUUCACUUCGAUAUGGCGAGGAGCUGAUUUGCUGCUGCAAAGUCGUGGACUUCGACACGGUAAUUUUAUCGAAAACGAUAAAAAAAAAACUCUCUUUGCUGCUGCGAAAGUAAAACACAGCAUGACGAUGAGCUCGAGCUGCAUGAAUAGCUCGUUGUAGUAGUUGUCAUUCUCCCAUAUUUUUACCAAAGAUCAUCUGGAAAGACGAACAUCGCCUCGUUUACAGCGCAGAUUCGUUGUAUACGAAUUUGAACAUGUCACUUUUAGGUCGAGAUCUACCGGCCGGGCACGAAGUCUUUCCACGUGCUGGGCACCGAUCAGUACAUUGCACCGGAGACCUAUGUAUGCAUUGCAAAAGCAUCGCACUUGUACCAGCAGUAGCGGUCACGCAUUAAUACAACAGAAUCUCCUUCUACUUAGGGUAAACCCGCAUUACAAAUCCCAUUUUUCAUACUGACUAAACUUGUCAUGCGACUUCCAUUUCUACGUGUAAGUACGAGUGCGCUACUGUAGUUGCAAUGCAUACUAUGUGGGGUACUCCACGCCGACGAGUGACAUGUGGGCGAUCGGGGUGAUCUUCUUCACGAUCCUGACGGGUUCCUUCCCCUUUCACUCCGUACCAAGUGCAAAAAUGUCUGGGUCUGUAAGAAUGCAACUUGUGAUGCUGCAUUUGGAUUCCCAAAAAAAUCUGUAUUGCAUGAGUACCACAGGGAGUGCAAUUUGUGCUACGCUGAGAAGGCAUUUGUCAUGCGGAAUAUGCAUUAAGAAGCCCUCAAAAAAUCUGUAUUGCUAGGGUAUGCAACACAGACAUCAUGGCUCAUGCAAAACGUGCAUGACAAGUGUCAGAGUCUUCCAGACCCAGACAUUUUUACAAUUGGUACUCCGCAUUGUUUGACGAUCAGCCGGGGGAAAACUACGUCGGUCACGCCCGCAUGGACCAGAUCCGCCGGCGGCUGCGCGUCGCCCGGAUCGACUGGGGUAACAAGGUGUGGCAGGCAGAGCCGCUGGCCAAGGACUUCGUGCAGCGGUGCUUCGAGUGCGACCAGAAAAAACGCAUGAGCUGCAAGGAGGCCCUGCAGCACGACUGGAUCCGCGACGUCAAGAUUCGGCUCGCGUAAGAGUUCCAGAAAUCAUCGCCGCGAGAGUGAUGAUCAUCGCCGAGCAAGAAUUUUUUCAAUUAAACAACUUGAAGUUGAAAGUUGUAAAACGAGGACGACCUUUGCGUUUGCUGUAGCUGUUUCCGUUUCGCAUUGUAAAAAUAACAAGUACACUUAGUUAUUUGAGUAGUUUCCUAGAACACUAAAAUCCAAUCUUCGAGAUACCGUCUCGCUGUUUCGUAUACCAAUCGCUAAUAUAAUCCAGCUCACCGUUUUUGUUACCUUAACCUUUGCAAACCGAAGCGAAAUUAUCGCAUAUCGCAUCAUCGAAUGCGUUCUGGCGUAGUUGUUUUUUUGGUUGUUGUGUAAAUCUUGACCGUCUCGUUAUUCACUGAACGACCUCAUCUGUUGGUUCAGUUUUGUUUUGUUUUUGUUGAGGAUAAGAAGUUUUCCUACAGCACCUAAACAAGAACUUGCAACGAACUUCAUCAUCUUCUUCUUUCCGGGUAGUUGGGUAGUUUCUUCUGCAGCGACGAGUAGAGCGGUAGCGCUCCUUUUUCGUUGCUGCUAGUAGAAACUUGAAGACAACUGCAGUUACAACAAGUCUUGGCUCGUUGGAGUCAGUUGUAAGUAAGUAGAUGAAACAGGACACCAGGCCGUGUGCCGUGUGUAGCAACUUUUUUUGACACCACUCGUACGACAAACUGUGUCAAAGAAGGUGAGACUAAGGGCGCGCAACAUCACUGUAGUAACCUGCUGCAUGUACAACCGUAAAAUCUGUAUCCUUUUUGGAGCCGCGGAUGGCCGUUGACGCCUUUCGAUUGGACAAAGCAGAAGCAUUUCGCACUUGUUGUAAAAUAAAACAACGAAAGCGAUUAUAUACACGGCCGGCUUCUACUUUCGAGGCACAGCCGCU